AUGGCUGGUUGGAGGAGCGGCCUACGUAUCUUGAGGCCCUGCCAGGCAGUGUUGGGUAUCAUCCUGCUCUGGCGCACAGCGCCCACCUUCACCACCGGAAGCAGCACCUUGGCUCCCGCCCGCACGCUGCAGCGGGCGGCUGAAUCUUCGGCGUCUUCGGGCGCCAGCGCCACGUUCAAACCUCCGGGGAUGGACGGGUGGCAAGUCAAGGUAGCGCAUGCAGUGGAUGUGCUACAUGAUGACGUGCCCGAGAUGUUUUUGAGCUACGGUGGUAUGGGCGGCCACAUGCCAGACUUUUCCAUCUACAGUGAUGAGAUUCAAUUUGUGGAUGAACGGGCACCGGGCAUGGUGAUGCGAGGCUUGCCAAUGUACAAGCGUUUCCUAUCAGCCUUGCGGUGGUCCCUCCGUUCGAUGUUUGAGGAGAGCAAAUUGGAGGUUACUUCAAUGGGUCGCACUUUGGUCAACAGUCAACUUUCAGUUCGAUGGCGCCUACAUCUCUGGCCCAAAGGACUGAUGAAUGUGGCACUGGAGAUGCUUUCACCAUCUCUGAAGAGCUGGGGUUUGCACCAGAACGUGCAUCAUGAGUGGGAAGCGCCCUUCAUUGUGGAAGGGUAUUCAAACUACGAGUUUGAUCCAUGGACUGCGGAGGUGACGCGCCACUCCGUAGACAUCAAGAAUCCGCCACUCUUCAUCACCGACCUUUUGAAGCAGUAUUCCACCUCAGAGAUCCAUGCGGUGCCAUAUGGGCGCCUUAGCGUUCCCUAUGGCAUGCAGGGUCUCAGUCUACGUGGUUCCAGCAAAGGCUUUCAAUUUGCAGGAGCCACCCUGGGCCAGCCAGUGACGCCGGAGGCGCCGGCGGUGACGCGGCAGGCGGGGAGCAAUUGGCCCGUGCCCGAAAGCUGCGAAGAUGACUUCGAUUGCAACGGUGGUCGAGCAAAUUUCCCCCUGCAGUGCUGCGAGCUGCCACUGCUUGGGAAGUUCUGCUGUAAGCCACCUGAUGGAGACCCCUCGCCAGACACCAAAGAUCCUGCGUGGCUGCCGCUGCCGGUGCCCAGCAAUGAUCGGUGA